AUGUUGGCUAAUUGUUUGAUAAUUUUAUUUGGGCUUCAAGCUGUCUUAGCAAUUGAGAAGCCUAGUCUUCUUGUUAGCAAACAUGAGAAAUUGUUGUCAUCAGCAAUGGCAGAGUAUAACAGUAUAUCAAAUGAUAAGAAUCUAUGGAUUCCGGUAAAAAUUUUGGAUAUGAAUACGAUUCCAAGAAACGGAAAGCAUUUUUCGAUCAAAAUUGCAAUUGCUCUUUCGAAUUGCACAAAAACUGCUGAUAACAAUUUUGACAGUAACUAUUGUAAAGCAAAAAAUGAAACUGGCUUAAAGGCUUGCGUAUUUGAAAUAUUUCAACCAAGUUGGAAAAUGCUGUGGAAAAUUAAAUUUUUGACAUGUUCUGAUUAUGUUCCAUCGGAACGAAUAAUCAAAGAAAAUAGUGACAGAUCGAAUAUGAAAUCAUUAGAUUUGGCAAUGAAUUCACAGGAAUGGCAAAACGAAGAAAAGAAAACACUGUGGAGUGAUUUCAUGACUUUUAUUAAAAAAUUUAAACGAGAAUAUUCUUCGAUAGAGGAACAAUUGGAUCGUUUCAGAAUUUAUUUGCAAAACAUGAAUUUUGCGAAAAAAUUACAAUUUGAAGAAAAAGGGACAGCAAUUUAUGGUGCAACAAAAUUUAGCGAUAUGACAGCGGAAGAAUUUCAAAAAAUUAUGUUACCAAGUAUAUGGUGGGAUAGAGUAGAAUCUAAUGGUAUUACAUUUAAUUUAAAUGAUUUUAAUCUUUCGAUCAAUAAUCUACCAAGUAAAUUUGAUUGGCGCACAGAAGGAGUUGUUACACCAGUAAAAGAUCAAGGUUCUUGUGGUAGUUGUUGGGCUUUUUCCGUUACCGGUAAUAUUGAAAGUCUUUGGGCUAUUAAAACCGGUAAAUUAAUAUCACUUUCCGAACAAGAAUUAAUUGAUUGUGAUGUGAUUGAUAAAGGAUGCAAUGGUGGAUUGCCAAUUAAUGCUUUCCGAGAAAUAAAACGAAUGGGUGGUUUAGAACCUGAAGAUCAAUAUCCAUAUGAAGCAAAAAAUGGUACGUGCCAUUUAGUCCGAGCACAGAUUGCUGUUAGUAUAGAUGACGCCGUAGAAAUUCCACGUAAUGAAACCGUGAUGAAAGCGUGGAUUGCUCAACGUGGACCACUUUCUGUUGGAAUUGAUGCUGAAUUAUUGUCAUAUUAUAAGAGUGGAAUUCUUCAUCCAAGCAAAUCACGUUGUCCACCAUCAAAGAUCAAUCAUGGAGUAUUGAUUACUGGUUAUGGUAUUGAAGAUAACUUACCCUAUUGGACAAUUAAGAAUAGUUGGGGUGAGCAAUGGGGUGAAAAUGGUUACUUUCGAUUAAUGCGUGGCAAAGAUAUUUGUGGUGUUAGUGAUUUGGUAUCAUCUGCAAUCAUUUACUGA